CCUUAACCACACUGCUUACUUUAUGCAUAACCCAAAGCUCGGCUGUGGAAUCUGACUUUGUGGCUUUGUUAUUUAGUGGAACUCCUGCUCCUUCACGACAGCGACGUGACCAGCGAAGGCCGCGUUAUGAUUCCGUGGCGCCCCCUGGUGUUCAGUAAAGAUAAAUACCAUCAGCUGCAGGACAGGAUGGCGUAUCAAACAACAGGAAACGCCCACUUUAGUUAUUGCACGUGUCAAUAAUGUUUGGUAACAAGUGUCCCMUUGGGAGGCAAUUAACGGGAAUCGUUCACCGGUGAGCAGAGUUUAGACUUUCAAGUUUGGCAGCUGAAGUUUGACGMAGAACGUUCCUUGUCUGUUUGAGGCCUGUGUGGGAAGAUGGAGUGGCGAGAACAGACCAGUGUGACCUGUGAAGAUGCCUUCACCGAGGCUCAACGGUGGAUGGAGGAAGUGACAAACAAUCAUUCGGGAGCAACAAUUCCGCUCUGCUCUGGAGAACGGAGUCUGCUCUGCCAAACGGAGUCCUGCUCUGCCAGUGAGUAUUGUGGAACUGUAGUGUAUAUCUCUGGAGAAUGGAGUCCUGCUCUGCCAGUGAGUAUUGUGGGAACUGUAGUGUAUAUCUCUGGAGAACGGAGUCCUGCUCUGCCAUCUAAUCAACAGUUGAAGCCAGGCCUUGUUAAGAGAAUGAACACACUGCCUACUCCAAUGGCUGGACUGGACAAUGUGAAUGUGUUUCUGAGAGCCUGUGGUACACUGGGUCUACACGAGGCUCAGCUGUUUCACCCUGGAGACCUGCAAGACCUUUCCACACGCGCUACACUCAGGUGUGUAGAGAGCAAAAGGAGGCUGAAAAACGUUCUAAUCACCAUCUACUGGCUGGGUCGGAAGGCUCAGGUGGACCCCUUCUACACUGGUCAACUCAACCUCAAAGCAUUCGAGGGACUGCUGGGCAUCGCUCUGUCCAAGGCUCUAGAGGAAACCCCCAGAGGCAGUGUGAAGGACUAUGACUACAGUGACGUGAGCUACCCGGAGAGGGACGAUGAGCUGCUACCUCUAACCCAGUCCCAGCCCGGCUACAGCAGACAGGACUCCGUAGAGAGCUUUAACUCGGUCCUGAGCUUUGACUCGGCGGAGUCACGUACCCGCAGCUGUAUCUCUGACUCCAUCCUGAGGGCCGGCAGCGAGGACUCCAGCAGUGACGUGGAGGCAGAGAACUGUUUUAGGAUGAAGGCGGCGGAGGGCAGAGACUCGGGACAGAGGAACUGGGGCAACGUACCUGCAUCCCUCCAGAGGAAGAAACGGGAGGAAAACCGAAUUAAGGGCUCCAUGCCCAGCCCCCUCACCAGUGUGGCCCCUCCUCCUCCUCUGAGCCCGCCCCUCCCCCAACUGCCUGAUGUGAAGGCCUUCCUCCGGUGGGCUUACCACCGCGACUCGGACGCCGACCGGCCCCAGCCGGACGUUGUCGCAGACGACCUGGCCAGUCGGCGGUUCCGCUCCCUUUCACCAGCCACGCCCACAAAUUUUGCAGUACCCAUGAGCCCGCAGGGCACGUUGAGGCUGUGGACAGGAAGCCCUCGUCUGUUUAGGAUUGACCCCCACCCCAGACACACCGCAGUGUUCUCUCCCAGCAGCAGUACUGCCUCGUCUCCGUCCUUCCUCCCAACCGUCACACGACCCCCCGCGUCUUCAAUCACCCUCUCCGAGGUGGAGCGCUCUCCUCGACGAGGACUCCUCCUGAUGGCGCUGUGUGAGGAAGACUCCGAGGAAGGGCGAGAGAAUCCUGACCCUGUCAAAGAUGAUCUGUACGCUCGGCGGGUGGAACUGGUCCACCAGACGACCUCCAACCCUGGCUACAACCGCUUCCUGCCCCGCUAUUGGACUCAGGAGGAGGUUCACGUCAGGACCAUCAGGCUGGGCUCUCAGAGGAGACCCUGGUACCACGAGAUGUGCAGAUUCAGGAACCGCCGGGCGUCUGCCGAGGACCGCGGGCGUCUGUCCCGAGGGACGGCCGGGCGUCUGUCCCGAGGGACCGCCGGGCGUCUGUCCCGAGGGACCGCCGGGCGUCUGUCCCGAGGGACCGCCGGGCGGUCUGUCCCGAGGGACCGCCGGGCGUCUGUCCCGAGGGACCGCCGGGCGUCUGUCCCGAGGGACGCCGGCGUCUGUCCCGAGGACCGCCGCGUCGUCCCGAGGACGGGGCGCUGCCCGCACAACACUUGUCCUGUACAGAAAAACUUGGAGGUAAACCCAGGAUGGAUAUGGAGCAAAUCGUUGAAUGACAUCAGGUGGUUCCCGUCGGCCACGCAAGUGGUGCGCCAGGUUUCUGAGGGUGGCAUGGAGCUAAGCCCCAGCGCCGUGAGCCAGGACCAGCUGCAGAGGGGCAGAGUCCGGGUCCACGAGAGUGAGGCCAAGUGGCACAACGACCUGACCAAGUGGAAGCUCCGGCGCCACAGGUCUAACUGUGACCUGCGGAGGAAGAUGCAGGAGAGAGACAACAUCGUCCUGAUGACCAACGCAGGGGUCGUUACAGGCGGGACAUGCAGGAGCCUACGAGAGGACAGGGAAGAGGAUGAGGAGUCCCUAUACGGCAGUAGCCACAACAAGGUCUCUCCCUCCACAUCGGCCAAGGAGGGUUCCCUGGAGCUCCGACCCCACACCAGCUCCUCCGUGGAGUCUCCCUACAGCUCCGGAGCCUCGGAACCCUUCACCACCCCCAGCCUGACACUCCAGGCCCAGGGACCGUCAGCCGGAGCCGUGCCCCAAUCAGAGCCCCUCGUCCUGGGGGAGAGGCGUCGCACACCGGUGGAGCCAGACGGAGCUGGAGGUUUAGCCACUUUCCCCAACUCCGCCUCUCCCUUCUCCUCCCAGACCCAUGCCCAGACCAUCUCUAGCCCAGCUCUCGUGAUCUCCAGUGGACGAGACCAGAACAUCUCCUCGCUCUCAAACGGGAUCCCCACGACCCACUCUGGCUCAUGUCUUACUACCAGUUCUUCUCUAACUACCUCUGACCUGGUGAACGGUACCGGCUCAAACCUAACCAGCGGUACCAGCUUCCACUGCCCCUCUGCCUCCAUGGACAUCCCAGACCAAGCCCUCCUCUCUACUGUAGAGUCCCUGACCUCGGUGGUAGCCCCAGCCCCAGGUCAUGUCUCAGCUCCCCAGCAGCAGGCGCUCCCCCUCUACAGGUACAGCUCCAGGGCUCCAGGAGGAAGAGGGGUGUCUGCUUCUCUCCCCAGGGGAUACCGCCGGUCUGAGGGCUCUUCGUCCUGCCUCUCUGCCGGCUUCACCCCCCGGCCGUUUGGAGCCAAGUCCUGCAGAGUGUCCUCGCUACCCAGGCUCUACAACUAUUCAGUUCUUCUGAGCAAAUCGUUGAAUGACAUCAGGUGGUUCCCGUCGGCCACGCAAGUGGUGCGCCAGGUUUCUGAGGGUGGCAUGGAGCUAAGCCCCAGCGCCGUGAGCCAGGACCAGCUGCAGAGGGGCAGAGUCCGGGUCCACGAGAGUGAGGCCAAGUGGCACAACGACCUGACCAAGUGGAAGCUCCGGCGCCACAGGUCUAACUGUGACCUGCGGAGGAAGAUGCAGGAGAGAGACAACAUCGUCCUGAUGACCAACGCAGGGGUCGUUACAGGCGGGACAUGCAGGAGCCUACGAGAGGACAGGGAAGAGGAUGAGGAGUCCCUAUACGGCAGUAGCCACAACAAGGUCUCUCCCUCCACAUCGGCCAAGGAGGGUUCCCUGGAGCUCCGACCCCACACCAGCUCCUCCGUGGAGUCUCCCUACAGCUCCGGAGCCUCGGAACCCUUCACCACCCCCAGCCUGACACUCCAGGCCCAGGGACCGUCAGCCGGAGCCGUGCCCCAAUCAGAGCCCCUCGUCCUGGGGGAGAGGCGUCGCACACCGGUGGAGCCAGACGGAGCUGGAGGUUUAGCCACUUUCCCCAACUCCGCCUCUCCCUUCUCCUCCCAGACCCAUGCCCAGACCAUCUCUAGCCCAGCUCUCGUGAUCUCCAGUGGACGAGACCAGAACAUCUCCUCGCUCUCAAACGGGAUCCCCACGACCCACUCUGGCUCAUGUCUUACUACCAGUUCUUCUCUAACUACCUCUGACCUGGUGAACGGUACCGGCUCAAACCUAACCAGCGGUACCAGCUUCCACUGCCCCUCUGCCUCCAUGGACAUCCCAGACCAAGCCCUCCUCUCUACUGUAGAGUCCCUGACCUCAGUGGUAGCCCCAGCCCCAGGUCAUGUCUCAGCUCCCCAGCAGCAGGCGCUCCCCCUCUACAGGUACAGCUCCAGGGCUCCAGGAGGAAGAGGAGGGGUUUCUGCUUCUCUCCCCAGGGGAUACCGCCGGUCUGAGGGCUCUUCGUCCUGCCUCUCUGCCGGCUUCACCCCCCGGCCGUUUGGAGCCAAGUCCUGCAGAGUGUCCUCGCUACCCAGGCUCUACAAUUUGGAGAACUCUCUACUGAAGGAAACGGUCCCUGCUCCCCACAAGACUGCUCCCUCACGCCCCCAGAAAAUGGUCACUAUCUCCGAGGUCGCUGUCAGGGUCAGCCCUGGGGUGGGAGCGACCCAGCCCUCCAUCCUGAAGGCCAGAGGUGGUCCCGGACCUACCACCCACCCCAAACCCAGCGGAAGGGACCCCCACCCCUUCUCUCCUGCCCAGCCUCCCUGUCUCAGUCAGACAGAAUGCUCUGCACAGGUGAGCUCUGCACAGGUACGUCACAGUGACAGAGUGUGUCUCACCUUGAAGCUUAACAGUCGACCACACUUUGGUUUCAACACUCACUGGGACUCGACAGGAGCACGAGUCGGAGGCAUCCAACCAGGUAGUCCUGCAGAGUUGUGCCAGCUGCGUGCAGGUGAUGAGAUAGUGUCUGUUGGUGGGCACAGGGUGGCAGAGAUGACCCACAGCCAGUGGAAGGGCACCAUGACCUAUGCCCUGCAGACGGGCAGUCUCACCAUGGACGUACAGCGCCAUGGUGACAACAGUCCAACUGAUACCAGCAGAGACGCAGCGAUGGUGAAUCUGGCCCAGCUCAACGGACAAGAGGUCAAUGGGGUGACCUCUAAAGACAUGAAGGGGGCUUUUCGGGACGAUCCUCUGGCUAUCAGAAGUAAAGGAGGAUCGGCGUCUGCAAUAUCUGAUCUCCAGGUGCCGUCCCUCAGCACCUCCUCCAGUUGGUCCUGGGACCCCGAGGAGGAGAGGAGGAGGCAGGAGAAGUGGCAGGAGGAGCAGGAGUGUCUCCUACAGGAGAAGUACCGGCAGGACCAGAAGAGGCUGGAUGAUGAGUGGCAGCAGGCCCAGGAGGAGGCAGGGGUGGAGGGAUACAGGCAGGCUGAGGUGACCCCUGAUCCUCUCACGUCCAGAGGCAUCGUGGAAAUAAGGAAGACGUUUUUGACGGGGGAAGAAGGGAGGAGCCUCAUCCUCAAAGAAGGGAGGAGCCUGGAAGAGGAGACCGAUGAACUGGCAGAAGGAGAUACCUGGCUCCAGGUGCCGUCCCUCAGCACCUCCCCCUCCAGUUGGUCCUGGGACCCCGAGGAGGAGAGGAGGAGGCAGGAGAAGUGGCAGGAGGAGCAGGAGUGUCUCCUACAGAGGAUCAGGGGUCACCUCAGCCUGCCUGUAUCCCUCCACCCCUGCCUCCUCCUGGGCCUGCUGCCACUCAUCAUCCAGCCUCUUCUGGUCCUGCCGGUACUUCUCCUGUACAACAUCGCAACAAGACGAGUAAACUGUCCAAUCAGCAUUCUCUCAGACUACAGGGUGAUGUGUGAGUACUGCAGGGUGAUGUGUGAGUACUGCAGGGUGAUGUGUGAGUACUGCAGGGUGAUGUGUGAGUANUCUCAUUUAGCCGAGGCCCAGGGAGACGGUGGAGGGGUGGGUAAUGACUCUAACCAGUCCUCUCAUUUAGCCGAGGCCCAGGGAGACGGUGGAGGGGUGGAGGGCUUUGUUUUCACCUAUUGGUCCUGUUGGAAUAAUAUCCUUCACUCAUUGGACAAUGCUCAAAUGACUGUCCUUCUUUAUUGGUCUUGCUGUAGUAACUAUGAUCUGAUUGGUUAUCCUGUCGUGACUCUGCUCUCUGGUUGGUUAUUAGGCGGUACCGGGGAGGUCGCUAGGAGGAAGCCUGGUCAGAGCAUGUCGGUAGUAGAGGCUGAGAGGCAACAGAUCCUGGAGGAGAUGAGGAAGAGGACUGCUCUGCUGACCGACAACAGCUGGAUACGGCAACGCUCCACCUCUGACAACAAACAACCAACUAACCGGCGAGGGCCAAUGAGGAGGUACGACUCUCUGGACAACCUUCCCUCCUCUUCCUCCCUGCUCUCUAACCCCCAACGCCCCCACUCCUCCCUGGGUUUCUCCGCCCCGUACCACCCCCCCUCCUCCCGGCACAGCAUGGGUGGGGCCCUGGGGGGUUACUCCAACGGGACCCAGAAACACAGCCCUACCUGGCCCCGUCCCUCCAGCACGUCUUCCACYCCACCCAACACCGGAGAGGAACCCGCCACCGGCCAAUCACGACCCGUCUCACAGCAGCACGACCGAGUGCUGACUGCGCGUCAGGUGUGUUCAGUGUGUGUGUGUCCUAUGGGCAGAGGGGCUGCCAUGGUCAUUGAGACCCUGAACCUCUGCUUCCACCUGGCCUGUUUCCAGUGUGUGGACUGCAGGUGCCGACUUGGAGGGUCAGAGGUCAGAGCCCAGAUCAGAAUCAGUAACGGGAAGCCUUACUGUGACCCCUGCUACAUCCGACUCAAGUCCCACCUCGCCACCUCCCUGUGACCAGAAUGCAUUGCAGCAGAUUGAGGAAGAGACGACGACGACACCUCUCGACCACGACGGUGGAUCUUCACUAUGACCUCGUGUUGACCGUAUUUAGAGCUGCUUGACCUUUUAGGGAACAAUGAACGAUUUAUACUAUUGGCUGUGACUCAAAUGGCUUCCUCUUCCCUACAUAGUGCACUACGACCCAUAGGGCUCUGGUCAAAAAGUAGUGCACAUACGACCCAUAGGGCUCUGU